AUGUCGCUCUUCGCUUGGUGCAGCCGCCGCGCUGGCGGGCUGGCCAUGAUCGCUCUCCUUGCCCUCAGCUACUGGGUCAUCUCGCGGGCAUCGGCUGCAUCGCAUCUCGCCUAUGCGCAUAACUUUCGACACCCCGGGCCACAGCCCGCUAAAGGCCCGACAUCAUUCUUCGCAAAGGACUGGCCAACCAUAGUGUUCGCGUAUUACUGCUUGUUCAUCCACUUCCUGGUCUUCGCGUUCCCCUUUCGUUCAUGUUACGCCGUCAUCAGCAUGACUUGGAACCUCAAGAAGACUGCGCUCAACAAGAGGCUUCGCGACUUUAAAUUCGCCCACCGCCGCCGAGGUUCCUCCUCCUCUCUCUCUAGCUCAGAGACCUUGACCUCGUACUACGCCUGUUCUUCCAUCACCAGCCAGCCUGGCGAUCCACAGGUUGAGGCCUAUAGCGAAUCGUCAGACUAUGUUGUCGACCAUGUCAUCCACGCCAUCAUUAUUCCUAACUACAAGGAGGAAGUGGACACGCUCAGGGAGACCCUCGAAGUACUCGCAUCGCACCCGCAAGCGGUCAACUCGUACGACAUCUAUCUCGGCAUGGAGUCUCGUGAAGCCAACUGCGAGCUUAAGGCUACCUCACUCAUUCAAGAAUUUCUGAAAAAGUUUCGCAACAUCACUUACACCGUCCAUCCAUCCGAUAUUCCAAACGAGGCUGCCGGAAAGGGCAGCAACGUGGCCUGGGCAGCACGGAUGGCGAGCCAGAACUACGCCUUUGCGGAUCGAAGGGAUGUCAUUUUUACCGGGAUUGAUGCGGACAGCCACCUGUCAGCCAACUACACGGCGCUGAUCACCACCAUGCAUAUGGCGCAUCCAGAAAAGGCUGAUACGACGUUGUACGCGGCACCCAUCAUCUUUGAUCGCAACGCGCACAUCGUCCCCGCAGUCGUACGUGUUGCGGACAUUCUUUGGGGCGCCGGUGGUCUUUCCGGGCUUUACAAAGGGUCUUCUGUAGCACCACCAACCUCAGUCUACUCGCUCCCCCUGAAGCUUGUCGACCGCGUGGGAGGGUGGGACUGCGACAGUGAAGCCAUCGGCGAAGACCUGCACAUGUACCUCAAGUGCCUCUUUGCUCUUAACGGAAACCUGACCUGUCGGACGGUGUACAGCCCAGUCAGCCAAAGCAACGUAACAGCUGGUAGCAUCAAAGGGCUGCGUGGCGUUUAUGCCGAUAUGCAAGCACGUUACAAACAGGCCCUCCGACACAUGUGGGGAGCUCUAGAUACAGGAUACGCCAUGCGCAAGUUCGCGGAGCUCCUUCGGGAGAGGAAGCAUACUUCGAGGGCAUACCGACCUUUGCAUACGCCCUUGGAUAACGAUUCAAAUGUUUACGUCCCCGAAUUACAACCAGACACCAAUCAGUCCCACGAGAGCGGUGUCUUUUCUGACAUCACUCAAGACACACUGUCAGGUCCCAACUGGUGGUGUCUCCUCGUUCUCAGCCAUCGUCUUUUCGAGGCACACUUUCUCCCGGUACAGAUGACGAUUCUAGUCAUCGCAUCAACGCUGUUUCAAUGGGUCGCCGAAGGAAACGAAGACCCUCACAAUCUUGGAUGGAUCUUUACCGUCUCCAACAUCAUCCGCACAGUUGGCAUUAUGGAGGUCGCCUUGUUCUUGUUCCUUUACGAACGAUACCACGACGUGUGCGUACGAACGAGGGAACGCGAGAUGAUUGAGGCGGGUCUGGCACAGGAUAUGAACUUCUCAUAUCGCUCGGUGAAGAGAAAUUUCGUUGAUUACGUUAUGGUGCCGUUGGUCGCGCCACUGUAUGGCUCGAUUCCAUGUGCGCAGGCGCAAAUCUGCCACUUCUGGACCGUGGACCUGGUCUACACUGUGAGCGGGAAGAUAACACGCCAGAGAUCAAAGUCCGUUACGCCAAUCGAACAGAUGGCAUGA